CUGGUCUUCCUCCUCAGGUCGUACUCAGAGACGCAACAUAAUAUUUUAAUUCUACUCAGUAAGAAGUAUCCCAAGAUGAAGAUAAUAACUCACUUGUUAUUUGCGGCAGUGAUCGGGGCCACCCUAGCAGUGCGCCUCAACUAUUUACCUCCAACAAACGGCUUUAAUGGCAACGGAGUUAAUGGCAAUGGGAAUGGCAACGGAUUUACUAAUGGUAUUGUCAAUGGAAAUGGUUUCACUAAUGGUAUUGUCAAUGGAAAUGGUGGAUACGCCAAUGGAUUUAAUGGAAAUGGUUUUACAAACGGUGUAAACGGAAUUGGAAAUGGGAAUGGUGUCUUUGGAAAUGGUAAUGGUGUUCUUAACGGAAAUGGUAACGGAUACGCCAAUGGUGUAAACGGGAAUGGUAAUGGUCUUAUUGUCAAUGGGAAUGGUGUUAUUAACGGGAAUGGUUAUGCCAAUGGAAAUGGUAAUGGAUUUGUCAACGGCAACGGUGCUGUUAACGGAAACGGAUAUGCCAAUGGAAAUGGUAAUGGGUUCGUCAACGGCAACGGAGCUGUUAACGGAAACGGAUAUGCCAAUGGAAAUGGUAAUGGGUUCGUCAACGGCAACGGUGCUGUUAACGGGAACGGUUAUACCAAUGGAAAUGGUAAUGGUUUAGUCAACGGCAACGGUGCUGUUAACGGGAACGGUUAUACCAAUGGAAAUGGUAAUGGAUUUGUCAACGGCAACGGCGCUGUUAACGGGAACGGGUACUACAACGGCAUCGUGGACCCCAUCAGCGCCCUUGCUGAUGCUAUUGGAGGUGGCGGCGUCCCCGGCGUGGACUAUCCCAUCCUGGCUUCUGUCCCCUUCACUGGAUUCUCCUGCGGCGGACUAAUACCCGGAUACUACGCUGACAUUGCCCCCGAGGCCGGCUGUCAGGUGUUUCACAUCUGUCAGGCAGAUGGUAGGAGCGACUCCUUCCUGUGUCCCAACGGCACCAUCUUCAACCAGCAGUUCUUCGUGUGUGACUGGUGGUACAACUUCGACUGUUCCACCGCCCCACAGUUCUACGACCUCAACGCUCAGAUCGGAGUGGUCAACGGUAAUGGCAACGGAUACUCCAACGGCAUCGUCAAUGGCAUAAUCAACGGUAACGGGAUUUAUGGAACGAGGAAUGGAAACGGAGUCAUUAAUGGUAACGGUUACGUUAAUGGAAACGGAGUGAUUAAUGGUAACGGUAACGGCUACGUUAAUGGAAAUGGAGUUAUCAAUGGCAACGGCAAUGGAUAUGUCAACGGCAUUGUAAACGGUAAUGGAGCUGUCAAUGGAAAUGGAUUCACCAAUGGUAACGGUUUUAUCAACGGCAUUAAUGGAAACGGCAAUGGGAUCAAUGGCAACGGAAACGGAAACGGUAACGGUGCCAUCAACGGGCUGUACCAGACUCCCAGCCUGUGAACACUGCUGACCGCACCUCCGUCUCGACUCCUUCAAGAAUGUUUACUCUUGUCUGCCAAAGCUUUAUGUUGCGUCCUCGUAGCUGAGUGAUGUUGAGGCUGGAGACCCUUGGUUGAUCUUCCUCGAGAGACUUUAAACUAACCAAACCAAAACAGGUGAACUUGACCCUUAAUGACUGAUGGCAAGUGAAUUCUACUUACAUGAUUGAGGAAAAUGAUUAUGUUGUUUAUUAUUUGGUUUAUUCUUGAGGUGAAUGUGUCCAGCCAUUACCAGUCAGCCAACGCCGGGAUAAGCAAUUAUAUUUUAUUUAUUUAUUAGUUUUACGGUUUGUGAAAAUGCUUAAUAAAUUAUUCUUGGUUAA